AUGUCAGCAUCCGACCCGGGAUUUAGAGCUGCGGUGGAAGAAGCGCAAGCCGGCUACGAUGAAGGCGGCGUGCCCAUAGGCGCAUGUCUGGUCGCAAAAGAUGGCACGAUCAUCGGAAAAGGGCACAAUCUACGAGUUCAGAAAGGAAGUGCUACCCUCCAUGUAAGUCGAGUUGUGAUUGGCGAGAAUAAGACGUUUGUCGGUGGUGAGGAAUAUUUGAAGCACCGAGGCAUUGAGGUGGUGGUGCUGGAUGAUGAAACUUGUAAAGAACUUAUGCGAAAAUUUAUCAAUGAGAAGCCUGAUGUCUGGUGA